AUGAUUCCUGCUGCUGAGGACAAGGCUCCUGCCGCUGAGGACAAGGUUCCUGGCGCUGAAGAGAAGGCUCCUGGCGCUGAGGACAAGGUUCCUGGCGCUGAAGUCAAGGCUCCCGGCGCUGAGGACAAGGUUCCUGGCGCUGAAAUCAAGGUUCCUGGCGCAGAAAUCAAGGUUCCUGGCGCUGAGGACUAGGUUCCUGCCGCUGAGUACAAGGUUCCUGCCGCUGAGGAUAAGGUUCCUGGCGCUGAGGACAAGGUGCCAGAAGCUGAGGACAAGGUUCCAGAGGCUGAGGACAAGGUUCCUGUCGGCGAGGACAAGGUUCCUGGCGCUGUGGACAAGGUUACUGGCGCUGAGGAGAAGAUUCCUGCCGUUGAUGACAAGGUUCCUGCCGCUGAGGACAAGGUUCCUGUCACUGAGGACAAGGCUCCUGUAGCUGAGGACAAGGCUCCUGGCGCUGAAGAAAAGGUUCCUGGCGCUGAGGAAAAGGCUUUUGCCACUGAGAACAAGGUACCUGCCGCUGAGGCCAAGGUUCCUGCCGCUGAGGCCAAGGUUCCUGUCGCUGAGGAAAAACGUCCUGGCGCUGAGGACAAGGGUCCUGGCGCUGAGGACAUGGUUCCUGGAGCUGAGGACAAGGUUCCUGGCGCUGAAGUCAAGGCUCCUGGCGCUGAGGACAAGUUUCCUGGCGCUGAGAACAAGGUUCUUGGCGCUGAAGUCAAGGUUCCUGGCGCUGAGGGCAAGGUUGAAUUGAAUUGAAUUUAUUAAUUGACAUUCCCUAAAAUGGGCUUUUCAAUGACAAUUUACAUGGAUUUUAGAAGAAAUUAUUAGUUAUCGACUAAGGUCCUGUCAAUGAGGACUAGGUUCCUGGCGCUGAGGACAAGGUUGCUGUCGCUGAGGACUAGGCUCCUGCCGCUGAGUACAAGGUUCCUGCCGCUGAGGACAAGGUUCCUGUCGCUGAGGACAAGGUUCCUGUCGCUGAGGACAAGGCUCCCGGAGUUGAGGACAAGGCUCCUGGCGCUGAAGAGAAGGCUCCUGGGGCUGAGGAAAAGGAUUUUGGCACUGAAAACAAGGUUCCUGCCGCUGAGGACAAGGUCGUGGCGCUGAGGAAAAAGGUCCUGGCGCUGAGGACGAGGUUCCUGGCGCUGAGGACAAGGUUCCUCUCGCUGAGGUCUAGGCGCCUGCCGCUGAGUACAACGUUCCUGUCGCUGAGGACUAG